GAUAAUUCUAUUUAUAAAGGUUUUGCGAAUAACUUAUUUGACGGACUUCCCACUCACAUGCACGAUGGCUAUUUCUAUCAUGUAAUGGAAAUGAUGAUAAAUGGCAUGUGCCGAAACUGUCCUGUUCAGCGUUCACCCCAUUUUAUAUAGUGAUGAUUAGACAAUGGGACAGGUAAGAAGCUUGGAUAAAUGCUGGAUCUAAAUGGACCACAAGGUUCCAUGCAAGUUAUCACAGAUUUGCACCAAAGCUGUAAAUUGACGAUUUGAACUGGAAAACUAUGCCUAUUUUUGAGGAUGAGAUUCUGUCUACAAAUGGAAUUAGUUCUUAUUGUCGGGAUUCUAUUAUUGGGGAAAAGAGGAUUGCUACCAUUGCGGUAUUGAAGAGAAGCAGAAGUUUAUACGUACUCUUCUACAGGCCAACCAUUCAACCUCUUCAAUGAGUCUGGAGAAAGAAUUCAUGAGUGCAGAAACUCUCUCUGUGCUGCGUGAUCAGUUUUCACCCCAUUUUCGUGUAGAUCGUGAAAGCCUUGCACCUAUACUCAAUAUCUUUAACAAAUUAAAGAAUACGAUACCAGACGAAACUUACCGUCAAGUUGUUGGGCUAUUGGUACAGUUCGACACUUCAAAGACCAAGGAGAAACUUUACAAGAACAUCCUCGUUGAAAAUCGAUUACUUCAUAUUUUGAGAGAAUAUGACGGCCUCCGAUUCGAAUUUCUAGAUAUACUAAACGACAUGGAAAACAAUGAAGAUCACCCUCUGAACGCUGAACCAAACAAGUGGCCUACAAAGGAAUCAAUAUACGAUGAAGGUAUAAAAGAAGAUAAUCAGAGAAGUGCUUGCCCAUCGUCAAAUAUGAGAAAAAUACCAAUGAAUACCAUGGAGGACAUAGAUGAAGUUUCAUCUCUCGAAUUCGGCCUGAGCAGACAAAUGUAUCAAAAGGUCCCAAUGUCACUUCAUCAUUCGAACGAAGAGGAUGGGUCUGUAUCUGACGAGAUGCGAAACGAUAAUCACUUUGACACACCAGCACAGGAGGUGUUUGUCACUGAACACUUAGACGAGUCAACUGAAAAUGUAGGUGUGGAUGACAGAAGUGACAAUAGCGACUUGACUGCUGCAAAAUUGGUUUCUGCUAAACGAGGCAGUAGGAAGCGCAAAGCGCCAAACUGUGACGUAUCUGAUGGAGAAGGUGUUGGGGAAAUUAGUAGAGGAGAAAAGGGGGAAAGUGAUACGUGUUUUUCAAGGGAAAAUACGUGUAAGGUAAAGGGGAGCGAGGUUGGAGGGAGAAUUAAAAAGCGUUCACGGCGUCAGGGGGCAAGGGAGAAUGACAUGAUGUUAAAACAGGUCGGAAAUCAUUGCAUCCUUAUCGGAGUUAAGGAACGCGCGAUAACCGGCUACAAUACGCAGAGCGAGGCAGAAGCAAUAGAAAGCGAGCACGUGACGAGUCAGGAUGAUGAUGACGACGAAGAGCGCGCUCUCGUCAUCGUUGAAGAGAAACCGUCAUCGACGUCGAAGAAACAGAAAAGACGCCGACCGGUAAAAUCGUCCGCAAAUCUUGUCAAAGUAAGCGCUUUGUGUCGGGCAGGGACUGAGAGAUGUGAGAUGAGAAGAAAGGCAGAGAAGGGGAAGAAAGAAUACGGCUUGAAUAUGAAGAGAGGUACGAGUUCAUCAGGCAGACAUAGUAAUAUCAAUAACAACUCUUGUAAGAGUGCCUUGGAAAUUGCCGCCGACGAAGUUUUAAAUACCAACCUGGCUAAAUCCAAACCGCGUUCUGACGAUUCUUCCUAUAAAAUGGACCGACGGAAGUCAUAUGAUGAGAGAACGGUUCUUGACAUUCUUAAUUUGGCUGAUUCGCAGGAUUGCAGAUCGGAGAAAGAGGCAAAUCCUGAUAAGUCUACAAAUAUCAAACCACUGACAAGUUAUUUAGGUCUGUACCCUUGUGGGUCACAUGGAAAUCUUUUGUUUCCCAGACAAGACAACACCGAACUCUUUCUCAAAUCAGACAAGUGUGCGUCUGGAUUUGUCAACGAAUCGGCCAAGUCACACCAGAAGUCACCCAGUGCCGCCAAAAAGCAGUUCAAGUCAAGUCGCCCAAAGUACAAUCCAAACUUUCCAUUCUCUACAACUGCAUUCUCAGCUAUGUCCUCUAUUGCAGAAACCACAACCUUUGAGGGGAGUAACUAUCUUCAGACCGAAGACUCUAGCCAAGACGAGGUCCAUUACAACUCCGGAUGGGACACAGCAUCAAGUCAAGAUAGCUGUUCUCUGGAGCGAGAGAGGUUGUAUGGUCUCGGGACCUUUGCUCAGGAUGAUGGUGAUGACAUGACCUUCUUGAAUCGUCUUCUGCGAUCCCCAAGUCCACCUGGCUUUGGGGGAAACAGCGACCCAUCGGGCAGGAAGAGAAGGCAUCGCCACAAACCUAAGAGAGAGCGCAAACCAAAGAAGCCUAGGAGGAGUAGGAGACUGCGAGGUAAACAUUCUCGAGAGGGCAACGAAAGUACCAACGAUCCUCACCAAAACAAGGACAAUGGAGUAACUGGAAGAGCAUGCAACUGUUGCCAGUGAAGAAAUCUUACUUAGGUGACAUAGAUGGCAUGAUGCCAACGGACAAGUCCACCUCAACAAAAAGUUGAUUUGAAUAAGAAGAGGAAAAUCCAACAAGCAUGACACUGAAA